AUGACUUCCGACUCUUCUUCCAAUUCUGAGGCCGCGAUACUUCCCGAACACCGCAGGGAGGAUACUUCUACCGAGAUCUCGAGCUCGGGGUCUACGGAGCAUUCCUCGAAUGCUUCUCUGGUUCGGGCUCCGAAACGGAUGGAUCGGAAUCCCCGCGAACCCGAGGGCCAAGUUCCUGCCGAUCUGGUCCUGGAGCGGGGGCCCGAUGUGAACACGGACGAGGACGCUCCAUUGCACGAGGUCGGGGAUGAGGAAGCGCAGGAUCCCGACGACGACAACAUGAUGCCGAUCGUGGAUCGGCCGUGUGUAUGCGCCCCGGUAAAAUCCACACUGUCAUCUCCAGAGACAGUUCGGGCCGCUUUGCUGGUCAGCGGAGCCCCUCCCGGGAUCAUUGUCCAGGUUCCCGAACCGGAUGAGCGUCCUUGGGACGCACCCGAGGACUUCAUCUGUGUUUAUGAAGCCUACUUCCGCGAGGCCGGGUUGAAGUUUCCCCUGCCUCGCUUUUUGUUUGCAUACUGUAACCGUCGCGGCUGUGCGAUCUUGCAGCUUCAGCCGGCGUCGAUAGUAAAUUUUGUUGGGAUCCUCCAGCUCGGGCGUGACAUCCGGGCUCACAUCAAUGUCGCUCAAUUCGAGGAGCUUUUUAUCAUGAAGGUCUCGGCGGCGAAAAGUUGGUUUCUGUCGGUGAAUUGCAACCCGAAGUUCGACCUGGUGACCGGGAACAAGGCUAGCAAGUUUCCGAACUGGGAUCAGAGCUACUUUUUUGUCCGUGUGGAUUCGGUAUCUGCUGAGAAUCCUGAGAGCACGUUCCGGACCGAUUGGAGUAUCGAUUUCGAUCGCCACGUUCCAGGGUUUAUUCAACGUUCUCUUACGUCCGACCUAGCGAAGCAACUUAGUCUCGCCGGACAGCGCCGUUGGCCACUUGCUUACCGGGAGAAGAUUGACCGCCGGAUAAAGAGGGCUCAGGACAGAGCUAAAAAUAAGGAGGAGCCCAGUUCGUCGAGACCAGUCCCGAAGAAGAAGAAAUCGAAGAAAAGUAACAAGAGGAGUCGGAGGAUGGCGUUCGACAGGUCGGAUAUCCCUGUCAUGAACUUUGGGGCUGAUGAAGAAGACGACAAUGCCCCAAUCGACGUCGUUUGUCUCGAUGGGACCGAGGCUGGUGGCGGCGUCGAAGUUGCUGUUGGGGACGGGGUUGAUAACGUCCCGGUUGGCCCAGUUGACCUUCUGAUCCCGGUCGCGGAACCGGAGGGUGAUGUGGCGGGGACUAGUGUUCCCGAGACGACUCCUCAGCCUCAAAUGGAGGAGGGGGAGAUUGGUGAGCAGGAGGAAGACGAGCUCACCAUUGCUGACCGUGCCCGGAGGAAGAAGGGCAAGGCUCCGAAGAAAUCGUCUCGGAGGAGGGGUGACGAACCCGAGACGGCCGCGAGUGAGGGGACUUUGGUCCUUCACGAAUCUUCUAACGCUUCUCCGGUUCCUCCAUCGGAUCCGGCUACCGAGACUGAGAACCCGAGGUCGUCAAAGAGGCGUCGGACUUCUGAUUCGUCAUCAUUCUCAGUCCGGCUCAAGUACAAUAAGGACCGAUCUUUCUUCGACGACUUGUCCGCCUGUGCCGAGCUCUUCAGGCAGAUUGUGCCGGCCUCGUCUCCAAUGCCGGAGACCAAAGACCUUUUCCGCCCCAAGUCUUACGCUCGGGUCGCGAAGUCUGCUUCUACCCUUGUCUGUAAUACCAACGAGCUCGUUUGCGAGUACGACUCCAAGGUCGAGAGGCUGAGGAGGAUCAACGCCGAGGUCGCUGCCGAGAGGGCGUCACUGGAGACGUCGUACCGGGACGAGAAGGGGAGGUACGAGGCCGCCGUGCUGGCCUUUACUGAGAAGGAGAAGGAGAACGCGGCUCUGAAAGAGCAGGUCGAGGCUAUGAUGAAGCGAACCGUCGAGCUAGAGGGAGACGUGGACGCUCUGUCCAAGUCGUUCAAGGCCAGCGAGCUCGAGAGGCGGAGGUACCGAGACGCUGAGUCGAAGAGCAAGAAAAUGCUGGCCGCCUUGAGAGGCAAGUGCGAGGGGAGGCUCUCCAAGAUGAAGGACUUCAUGGACAAGUCCGAACUCCGGAAAGCGCCAUUCCUCAAACUCAACCAGGCGACCGCUCUGGUCGGCUUCUGCGACUUCCUCAAGAGAGAGCACAACAUGAUCGUCUCGUCUCACAUCGUGGAGACGUAUGAGCGCAGGAUCAGGAACUGCACAAAGGAGGUCGACGGCAUCCCCCUUCCGCGGUUCCAGAACGAAGAUUUCCAACUCCCAAGCGAUGACAACCUCAUCCCGAGGAUUGUGCUUCCUCCGGGGACGCAAGUUCCAGAGGGCUUGGAUCAGUUCGGCUCGAAUUCUAAGUCGAUCUCGGCUGAUCGGGCGGCAAGUCUCAAGAGUCCGGCAUCCGUCGCUCGUCAAUAA